UAUUCUCGUGUUGGGGUAGCUUGUAAUUUGCUAAGCCUUUUUAUAGUAGCAAGUAAGCAAGUAGCAAACUAGCAAGAAGAACCCCACACUUUGGCUCCUCUCUCUGGCUUUUUGUUCCAUUUCUGCAUCAUUUGGUGCGGAAUGCUGAGGCUUGAACUGGGUUUCUCUUCAUUAGUUGAGUGGUGGAUCUGAUUCUUUGUGGCCGGUCCUCAUGAGUUUUGUGAGUUCUCCCAUUUUGGCUUCUGGGUUUUGAAAAAGUUCAGAUUUUGAAUGGAAAUUCUGUUUCUUUGUGGUUAGGCUGGGAACUGUGUACUUUGAGUUUCUCAAUAUUGGAUCUGGGUUUUGUAGAAUUGUUAAAAAUGCUAAGGUUUUAAGGUACUGGUUCUUGUAUAGUGGACUUUGUGUGCUUUGUUUUAAUGGAGUUGUUUGUGUACUUGUGUCUGAAUUCUGUACACUUGAGAGGCAAAUAUGGCUCCAUUAAUAGAUUAUUGUAGUUAGUUAGCCAAAAAAAGAGUAAAAGGAAGGGUGAUCCAGUAGUAGUAAGUAGCAGCCAUGGAGAACCACAAUUACUCUGUACUAGAUAUGAAUGGUUCUGAGGCUGCAUUCCAACGGGUUGAUAAGGAUAGGGGAAAGAAUGCAAAACAAUUUACAUGGGUUUUGCUUCUAAAGGCACAUCGAGCUGUCGGUUCCAUUGCGUGGCUCGGAAAUGGUCUUUGGACAUUGCUUGGUGUCAUUAAGAAUAGAUUGAUAUUUGGCCAGGGAGUUACAAUGGAGAAUGAGAAAUCGAAUAAAGGAAGAUUCUUGUUUAGGAUCAUUCUAGCAUUCUUAGUGAUGGCCUUGACAUUUCUAGCAGUUGAAGUGGUUGCCCACUUGAAAGGUUGGCAUUAUUUCCAGAACCAUAAUUUGCAUAUCCCGCAAACUUCGGAGAUACAAGGAUGGUUUAACAUGAUCUACGUUGGGUGGUUGAAGAUUCGUGCUGAUUAUAUUGCGCCUCCAAUUCAAUUUCUCUCUAGCUAUUGUGUUGCUCUCUUCAUAAUCCAGUCUGCAGACCGUAUGUUGCAGUGUUUAGGCUGCUUCUGGAUCAAGUUCAAGAAGAUUAAGCCAAGGAUUGAAGGGGAUCCAUUCAAGUCAGACGAUUUGGAAGGUUCGGGAUGCAAUUAUCCCAUGGUUCUUGUUCAAAUUCCUAUGUGUAAUGAGAGAGAGGUAUAUGAACAAUCUAUUUCAGCAGUCUGCCAACUUGAUUGGCCUAAAGACAGAAUUCUGAUCCAAGUUCUGGAUGACUCUGAUGAUGAGAACAUACAAGGGCUAAUUAAAGGAGAGGUCUCCAAGUGGAGCCAAAAGGGUGUCAACAUUAUCUACAGGCAUCGAUUGGUUAGAACGGGUUACAAAGCAGGGAAUCUCAAGUCUGCAAUGAAUUGUGAUUAUGUGAAGGAUUAUGAAUUUGUUGCAAUCUUUGAUGCUGAUUUUCAACCAAAUCCGGAUUUCCUUAAGCAGACAGUUCCACAUUUUAAGAAUACUCCUGAGCUGGGUUUGGUUCAGGCUAGGUGGGCCUUUGUGAACAGGGAUGAAAACUUGUUGACACGCCUCCAAAACGUUAAUAUGUGCUUCCACUUUGAGGUGGAGCAGCAGGUUAACGGGGUCUACCUUAAUUUCUUUGGCUUCAAUGGUACUGCUGGAGUUUGGAGAAUCAAAGCACUAGAGGAAUCUGGAGGCUGGCUUGAGCGGACAACCGUGGAGGAUAUGGAUAUAGCAGUCCGUGCCCAUCUCAAUGGUUGGAAAUUCAUCUUCCUUGAUGAUGUGAAGGUCCUUUGUGAACUUCCGGAGUCUUAUGAAGCUUACAGAAAACAGCAACACCGUUGGCACUCUGGUCCGAUGCAACUGUUCCGUUUGUGCCUUCCUGCGAUCAUAACUUCCAAGAUUGCAUUCUGGAAGAAAGCAAACUUAAUACUACUAUUCUUUCUUCUUAGGAAACUAAUCCUCCCAUUCUAUUCUUUCACAUUGUUUUGCAUAAUUCUUCCUUUGACCAUGUUUGUCCCAGAAGCUGAGCUACCUGCAUGGGUUAUUUGUUAUGUGCCCGUAAUCAUGUCAUUCAUGAGCAUUCUCCCUGCCCCAAGAUACUUUCCCUUCAUUGUCCCUUAUCUUCUGUUUGAGAAUACAAUGUCAGUUAUAAAAUUCAAUGCUAUGAUAUCUGGGCUAUUCCAACUGGGGAGCUCUUAUGAAUGGGUUGUCACCAAGAAGGCAGGCCGGUCAUCAGAACCUGACCUUUUAGCUGCUGAAGAGAGGGAAUCAAAGGCUAUGAAUCAUUCACAACUUCAUAGAGGAGUUUCUGAUAGUGGACUCUCUGAGCUCAACAAGUUAAAAGAGCAUCAAGAAGCUGCUCCAAAGCCUCCCGUGAAGAAAAUGAAUAAGAUAUUUAAGAAGGAGCUUGCACUGGCUUUCUUACUGCUAACCGCUGCAGUUAGGAGCCUUCUAUCAGCACAAGGAGUGCAUUUCUACUUCCUAUUAUUUCAAGGUAUCUCAUUCCUCCUCGUGGGUCUUGAUCUAAUUGGUGAACAAAUGAGCUAGAGGAUAAUGGCAAGAUCACAAUAAAAGGGAAAAUAAAAAUGCCAGCCAAUCUGGCAUGCAGCAGCAACACUCCUUUUGGCAAUUGUUGAAGGUGUUUGGUUUGGAGGUACCACAGGUACAUCUAUCAACCGGUUGAAUAAAAUUAAGUUCAUUAUUCUUAAAAUGUCCACAUAAAUUCUUUCCAUACUUUUUAUUCAUGUUCUCUAAAUCAAAGUCAUUCUUUUAGGUUAUUCAAUGUCAUUAUUUUCUUGGUUUUUUAAUUUGGUUCAUUGUAAUUUACAUGCAAGAACAAAGGGUCAAGUUCGUAUUUUGCUCUUGUAUUCUUGCUUGAGUGUGGUUUUGUAUCUUAGAUAAGCACAGUUUGUAUCACCACCAAAUAGGUUGAGUAUUGUUGAGGUCAAGUUGAGAGUUGGUCCCAGAAUUACACAUGUAAGAGUGAGACCAUUAAUUUGUAUAUUUGCAACAGUUUCUGAUUAUAUCAUGAUUAAGUCCCUCUCUUCCUU